CUCUGCGUCAGCAAGAGCAGCUGGGGGAUCUGGUAGGCUGCUGGUGGCCGAAUCUGCGGAGGCAUUUCCCAGAGAAUCCUGCCCCCCCUGCCGCCCACCACGAUUGAUCACCGACCGACCCCCUCCCGCUGCCGCCCCUCCGCCGUCAAGCGCUGCGCUCGGGGCUGUCAGCAAAGUUGUCUCUGCUUCUUUCCUCGCGGCUGCCUAAGCGCGGAGCCCCUUGCACCCCGGCGGCCCCCAGACAGGAGAGGACCGCAGCUCCUUCCCGUGCCUCGGAGGGGCGGGAGCCGGGGCGCCGACCGGCUUGGGCGGCCAGGGGUCGGUGUGUGGGCAGCAUGCAGCCGUGCCGGGGGCGCGCGUUGGGCAUCUCCGUGGCAGUGGCGCACGGGGUUUUCUCCGGCUCGCUCAACAUCCUGCUGAAGUUUCUCCUCAACCGUUACCACUUCACCUUUCUGUCGCUGCUGCAGUGCCUGACCAGCUCCACGGCGGCGCUCAGCCUGGAGGUGCUGCGGCGGCGGGGCACCCUAGAAAUGCCGCCCUUCAGCUUCAGCCUGGUGCGCGUCUUCGCUGGGGUCACGGUCCUCUCCACGCUGCAGUCCUGCCUCACCCUCUGGUCCCUGCGCGGUCUCAGCCUGCCCAUGUACGUGGUCUUCAAGCGCUGCCUGCCCCUCGUCACCCUCCUCAUCGGCGUCCUGGUGCUCAAGAACGGCAUCCCCUCCCUCGGGGUGUCGGUGGCCGUCCUUAUCACCACCUGCGGGGCUGCUCUGGCAGGUGCGGGUGACCUGACAGGUGAUCCCGUUGGGUAUGUGACUGGAGUCCUCGCUGUGUUGGUACAUGCAGGAUAUUUGGUUCUCAUUCAAAAGACGAGUGCAGAUAGUGACUAUGGGCCCCUGACAGCCCAGUAUGUCAUUGCAGUUUCAGCCACACCUUUUCUCAUCCUGUUCACCUUUGUCAGCAUGGAAGCUAUCACUAUCUGGUCCUUCCCAGGAUGGAAAGAUCCCCUCAUGACUUUCAUCUUUAUUGCUUGUAUCUUAAUGGGCUGCGCCAUGAAUUUUACCACCCUUCAUUGUACUUACAUUAACUCAGCUGUAACCACUAGUUUUGUUGGUGUUGUGAAGAGCAUCGCAACCAUCACAGUUGGUAUGGUAGCAUUCAAUGAUGUGGAGCCCACAAAGCUGUUUAUAGCAGGUGUGGUGGUAAACACUGUAGGAUCCAUCAUUUAUUGUGUAGUCAAGUUUAUUGAGACAAGGAAACAGAGUAAUUAUGAAGAUCUGGAAGAGGAACUUAGAGAAGAAGAGAAGAAAGACUGUGAUGGAGAUCAACCACCCUUUUUAAUGGAGGAGAUGCCCAAGGAGACAGAGUCUGAAGAUCCAAUAGUGGAGGAAUCAGCAAAUGAAAAUAAACAGCAAAGAAUGGAAGAGACAGGCAGCACUGGAGAAGAAGGAAAUGCUGCUGUUGUUCCCAAAGGUGGUAGCUUUGAAGGACUUAACAGAAACUCACUAAAGGAUGCCUAUCUUGGAAUAUGGAGGUUAAUCAGGGGGGCCAAUUACGCAAAGAAAGAUUAUCUAGUAGAAAAUGAAGAGUUACCAAGCCCUUGAAGAAUAAUUCUGUAACAAAUCCUAAUCAAGAA